ACACGCAUGCGUAAUAAUCGUUCAAAACAAACAAAAACCGGGAAGUUUAAUGUAUUUUCUAAAUUUCCUCCGAUUCUGUUUUUUUUAUUAAUAUCAUCUUUUUUUUAAAGCAUAUCUUAACCGGAGAUCUCAUCUAGAUCCGAAUAGCAAGCAUAAUGCACCAGUGUAUCGAUAUCGUAAAGAAUAACCUGCCAGUAUAUUCCUAUCACAGACAGAGAUCAAGAGGGAAACACCUUCUUUGACUUAUGCAUUUCCUUAUCGUUAUUAAUAUUCUAAGCAACUGUACUUCUGUACAAUUUAAGUGAUCGUCAUGUCCAGGAAUUAGCCAUCUCUGGCCAACGACAGUUGUUUUUAUCGAAUGUGAUGCCAAAAACCCAAUUAAAUAACCACAUCAACAUCAACACUGCGACGGAUUCCAUUCAACUCUCCUUUUUUCAUUUUUCAUUUUAACCAUGGUAGGAGUGAAGAGAACACCUAAAUCAAGUAAGAAAAUCCCUAAAGAAGCAAAAGAAGUAACUACUAAAAAAAGAAUAUGUAAAGAUACAGAAAACGAGAAAAAUACUGAAUGUUUGUUUUUAAAACCUGAAGUGAAUUUUAAUGAUUCCAAUGAUUUUAAAACUCCUGAGAGGAAAAUUGGUACCGGCAGAUCUAGACUCCGUAACCAAAUUGAUUAUGUAAGACUUAACGAUCCUCAGAAAAAGGACUAUUCUUUAAUUAGAAAAAACGCAAAACAGAGUAUAUCAGCAAACACUUCCGUCGAAUCUGUGAGCGUAACUCCUCCAGAAAGUUCCAGGAAACGUGCAAGAAAAUCUUCCCAGACCAAAAAUGAAGAUUCACAUUUGCAAAAUGUUACCCCAUCUCCGAAACCUGAAAAAAUUCAUUUAUCUCAGCCAAAAUCUGUUAAACCUCCGAGUAAGCAACUUAAGGAGAGCAAAAACAAAGUAAAUUCCAAAUCAAAGACCUCAGAUUUUGGUAAAAAGUUUCUUGAAGAAAAGUCUUUAUGUAAUACCCUGACUCAACAAAUUUCCAAGUCUAGAUUGCCAAAAAGUCAAAAUUUGUUUGAUUUGAUUCAAAGUUCAGAUAAUAAUGCUUCUUUUUCUGGCACCACAAUCUGCAAAAGUCCUUGUGACCCCUUGGAAAUUGUGGAAAAAGGAAACUCUUCUUUCAUUUCAGGUGAGCAGUCUGAAAUAUCUAAUAGCAGCGGAACUUACUUGCGAAAUAGGAGAAAAAUUAGUUAUAAAUUCAAUAUCAAAGAAUCCAGAAAAUGUGUUCCCACUGUUACAUCUUCACAUGUCUCCUCUGUUUCAUCUUCACAUGUCCUCUCUGUUACAUCUUCACAUGCCACCUCUGUUACAUCUUCACAUGACCUCUCUGUUACAUCUUCCUGUAUCCCUUCUGUUACAUCUUCAUAUGCCCCCUCUGUUAUGUCUUCACAUGUCCCCCCUGUUAUGUCUUCACAUGUCCCCUCUGUUGCAUCUUCACAUAUCCCUUCUGUUACAUUUUCACAUAUCCCUAAUGUUUCAUCUUCAAUUGUCCAUUUUGUUACAUCUUCACAUGUCUCCACUAUUACAUCUUCACAUAUUUCCCCGUUUACAUCUUCACAUGUCCCCACUAUUACAUCUUCACAUAUUUCCCCGUUUACAUCUUCACAUGUCCCCAUUGAAACAGCUUCACGUGUCCCUCUUGUUACAUCUUCACAUGUCCCCAUUGAAACAGCUUCACGUGUCCCUCUUGUUACAUCUUCACAUGUCCCCAUUGAAACAGCUUCACGUGUCCCUCUUGUUACAUCUUCACAUGUCCCCACCGGAACAUCUUCACAUGUCUUCACUGAAGUAUCUUCACACAUUCCUAAUGUUACAUCUUCACAUAUCUCCAAUGGGACCUCUUCACAUGUCUUUUCUGUUACACCUUCACAUGUCCCCGCCGAAGCAGAUUCACACUUUUCUACAGUUACAUCUCCCCUUGUUUAUGCUAUUACAUCUCCAAUUGCUCCCACAGAAACAGGAUUUGACCAUGGACAAAAUAAACUGAAAUUAGACAAUGAUUUUACUGAAGUACAAAUGAAGGUGUGUCCUACAUGCAAAGAUGAUUUUCCUGUUCUAUUAUUCGAAGAGCAUGUACUACAAUGUCUCAAGGAACAAUUUCAGUCAUCCAGCCACAAGCCAUUUGACAAUAAAACAAAACACAGCCAAAUAUCCCAAGAUGAAAUAUUAGCCCAUAAGUUGCAUGAAGAACUGAACGAAAAUGCCUUGACAACUAACGACUCUCCAGAAUCUGACAAAAUCCUGUGUUGUAUAUGUAAAACAGAUUUGACCUGCUUGAAUUCAUUACACAGAACUCAGCAUAUCAACACAUGUAUUGACCAGGCAGAAAAUGCAAAAGCUCCCCCUGACACUCUAACACAAUCUGUAGUCAUUUGUCCUAUGUGUGGGCAGCAGUUUAAGUCUUUUUCUUUAAGAGAGAUGCAUUUCAAAAGCUGUGGAAGGGAUAAAUUUAUUGCACCUGGACAGCACGUUAUUGCAAAUGUCCAUGGUGAACCCAGCAGAUUGACCACAAACAAAAGGCAGCCAAAGAAUAGAAAAACAUCCAAGUCUAAAAAAGCUCCUGAUGAUCAGCUUGAGCUAGCGCUAGCCAUGUCUAAUUCUCUUCAAGAAGAACAAAACAAACAGGAAGAGCAAUUAAGUCGGUGUAUCCAGAAUAUAAAAAAAGAAGUUUUGAAAGAGUUAAAAAAUCAGAAAAACAAACAACUUCCGUUGUUAGUUACGUUAUCGGAUGAAGAGCGCCAAGAAUGCAAUGCCGGAAAAGUUGCUAAUAUUAUGAACGAAAAUUUUGAAAAUGUUUCCUUAAGUAAAAGGCAUAAACAUAGUUCUUUAGUUUCAACAGAACCUUCCAAUCUAUGGCUAAAAUCUUCGCUAACUCAGGCAGAUUCUUCAAAACUUCCAUUCUAUGUGAAUUCAUUGAUGCCCCCCAUUGAAAUGGAUGUUUUAAAUGUAGGAAGUCGAUUGAAACAUUUAUCUAGAAACACUGAAAGUGUUAUUAAUCGAAAUACAACUGAUUCUGCUGAUAAAGAAACGGAUGAGCAACCAGUAGCGCCAAGCCAAACUGCUCUUAUCUUAGCUGAGCUGGCCAAUGACGAUGAACCUACAAAUGGUUCUAUGCACAAUCCUGUCGAAGAUGAGUCACCAAAUGUUCAAAAAGAAACGAAUGAAGAACGUUCAACAGGUUUACUUACAUCUUUAAGUUCAGACCUUUGUCAGUUAGUCAACAACUCUAGUUUUAGUGAUGUUCAGUUUAUGACAGCUGACGGAACUAAAGUUUUUGGACAUAAAAUAAUUCUCCAAAUCAGAUGCCCCAAUAUUUUAAACAGAGUCUCUACUCAUCUUGAGACACCCACAGUUCAUCUGAGCGAAGUAUCUCAUGAUCUGUUAAUAGUGCUUCUGAAGUAUAUUUAUGCAGGGCAGUUAAAUAUAGAUGAAACUCAAGCAAACAACUUAAGGAUGCUCUCCCAGGAGCUUGAAAUGCCUGAAUUAUUUCAAGCCUGUGAGAAAAUAUCAAAAACCAGUGUAAAUCAUAACCAACAAAGUUCAGAUUUUUAUCCAUCUCCUUUAAAAACAGUUGAUAGUAUGAUUGAUUAUUUGCUUGAAAGCUCAGAUGACGAUGUUGACAACAGAAAUAUUUGCCCAGAAAAUCCAAGCUGUGAUUAUAAAAUAUUAGAUAGAGAGGAACAACCUCAAAAUUCUCAGAAUGACGACCAGUCUACUGUAACAAAAGAUUCUGCCGAAUUUCAAAAUCCCACAAAUUCCUCUCCAAAUGUUAUCUCACCUUCUUCGAAAGUUUUGGAAAAAUCAUUAAAUGGAUAUUCUGGUGAUAAUGGAAGCAAUUUGGAUUAUUUGUCAAAUGUGCCUGUUUCUUCUCAACUUGGAUCAUCUGCUCAGUUACCUGAAAUAAACUGUGACAAUCAGCCAAACGAACCACAAUCUAAUUACAAUACUGAUCCUUUAUCCACUGAUAAAACUGACAAUAACCCUUGUGAUGUUGUGAUGACACUGCAAAAGUCUCCAUCCGACUUAACAUCCUCACAGAACACACCUCAUCCACCAGAGGCUGAAAAAGGUUUCGUGCUAAAUAAAAAUGUGCUUCCAUCAUUCACAUCCACUUUGCCUGUUUCUACUAAUUUAACUGAUAACAGCAAUAAUAACUCUGAUAAUAAAGAGCAACACCAAUUAAAUAAUGCUGAAUUAAUUGAAGAUUUUUCUCCAAUUCAUUUUGAGGACGAAUCUUUUAACAAUUCUCCUGAGACAAAAUCUAAUUGUGAUGAUAUUGCAACACCCGAAAAGGACAACCUUCACAACAACAGGGAAAAUGUAUUAAGUUUAAGUGAUGAUCUGUCAAACAUGUCCAAAGAAUUAUUUAGUGACGAAGAGCUAGAAACUGCAGAAAACAACAAGACCAGUAUCCAGAAUAGUUUUCAUAACCAACAUGAAUUCACAUUGUCUCAUCAAAUAGUGGAAAAUAUAUUUCCUUGCCAUAAAGAAAAUAAACCAGGCAUUUCAGAACCUAGCUUUUCUAGUCAUGAAAUUGUCUCCUUAACUAAAGACAGCGACCAAAUAAAUAAUAGUCCAAAUGUAGAUAAUAACGUUGCAGAUAAUCCAGUUUGUAGGAUUAUUUAUACAUCUCGGUCUUUGACGUCUGCUGAUGGAUCAAACAAAGAACUGACUGUUCCUCUGUCUCUUCCUACAGAGACUAAUUGUAAUUUAGGAGAAAAAUUUGGUUUUCUAAAUUCUCCUGCUCCAGUUUUUCCAAAAACACAAGAAGUCAAGGACAUAAAUAAAAACCUGAAUGAUGAUCAACCAGAGACUUUUUCUCAAAACCAAAAUAGAAAAAGAAAACAAAGUUCUCUGUCCUGUUCACCUUUAAACAGGAAGAAAACUAAGAAGGAUCUUGAAACGGAAGGGAACAGUCAUUUAACUUUAUAUAAGAGAAGUUCUCCAAUUUUAGACUCAGACAAUUCAAAGUUAGAUACAAGCAAAGAGGUGCAGUUUUCACCAAUCAAUUCAUUAAAUUCGUCUGUUAAUUUAUGUAACGAGAGUGGCAGCAAUGAAGUAUACACAGUAAAAUCUGAAACGAGUAUUAUUACAGUUUUUAAUGACAGCUAUGAAAAUACGCAUCAGUUUAAAAAUGAGAGUGAUCUUGAUAUAAGUAAGGAGGCAUAUGGGGACAUUUCUGAGAUAAAUAAUCUGCAAAUAAGCCCUAAACAAUCUAAUGACGCUGAGUCAAAUAGGGAAUCCAUUGGAAGUGCGUCUCCUGAAAAGAAUUCGAGUUAUGAAAAUGAUAGAGAAAUAUAUGAAGAAAGUUUCUUUGCUGAUGAUAUGAAUGAAACAACUUAUGGGAAAGCCCAUUUUAGUGUAUUAAAUAGUUUUAUCCAGGAUAAUCCUGACUUGUAUAAAAAAAUACUUGAGUAUGAGCCAGUCGAUUUUGGUGUUUUGAAGAAAAGACUUGGAGAAUCUAAUAUAAAAUGCUCAAAUAAAAAACUGCUUGAAUAUCUUGAGAAUCAGUGUAUAACAUUUAUUUUGGAGAAAAAUAAACGAAGUAGAAAGUCUUGCUCACCGCAGAAAAGAAAAACUGUUAAGGAAAACCUUAACCUAGAGGCAAGUAGUAAUUUAGAAACAGUGGCAAGGGUGGAGGAAUCAUCAGAGAAAUGUUCAUUAAAUUCAUCUUUUAAUAUUUCCGAUGAGUUGUAUAAUGAUGAAGACAGGAAAACUAAACAGUUUGAUGGUGAUGUUACCAAUGAAGCUGAAACGGCAGAUUUAAAGAAACUUUCCCCAAACAUCUCGAAUGAUUUCUGUUCCACCAAAGAACACCAAGUGGAACCAUCUGAAAAACCAAAGAAGAGAUUUGUAUUCAAAAAGAUUACGGCAAAAUCCAUAAUUUGCAGUUCAACAGGAAACAAAAGUGUGGAUGUUGGAAAUCCUGACUCCCUUGUGAAAUCGUUUACUGGACCAUCAGCUUCUGAUAAAAAAAUUACAAACUGUGAAAACCUUCAGUCAAAUCAUAAUGUCACCAAUGACGUCUGGGGACAAUUUUCUGAUGAUAAUUUUGAUGAUAUGGUACCAUUCUCCCCAGUACCUUCACAUUCCAAUGUUAAUUUGAACUCCAGUAAAGAUAAACUAGAUUUACCUCCUGCAGCUGAACAAAACCUUGCUCCCUCUUCAUCACAUGAUUGUUCUUACACAAGUAUGAUGGAAGAUAUAAAAAACUUGUCAUGUCUGGGAUCGGAAUUAAAUUGUACUUUAUCUGAUUCAUUUGAAAAUAUUGAUCUGAAGGGUAAUCCUGAAGCAAAAUUUCAAACCCCAGCAAACUAUCGUGAAAAAGAGCAAAGUAUUCUUUCGCCCUUUACCCCAAUGCCGGAUUACGAUAAAAUGACCACACCAGGCCUGAAAAAAGAGAUGAAGAAAUACGGUUGCAAAGCAAGACCUAAGAAGAAUAUGAUAAAGGUUCUUAAAGACAUCUUUAUCAGAACUCAUCAGUAUAAAAGCGAUAGUGAACACGACACGAGUAGGGAUACAAUUAAGGAAAUCUCUGAGACGAACAGAUUCCAAGUAAGCUCCCCAGAACCCAAGGAUCCUAAGACUGAUAAAGAAUCAGCUGAGAGUAUAUCUCCUAUAAAUAUUUCAAGUUUUGAAAAUGAUGGAGUGGUUAUAUAUGAAGAAAAUUAUAUUGCUAAUGAGGCAGAAGAAGUAAUGAGCAGUCAGCAGGCGAAUGGAGAAAUACUUUUUAGUAAAGUAAAUGCUUUUAUCCAAACUAAUCCUGACUUCUAUAGAAAAGUACUUCAGUACGAACCUCUUGAUUUUGAUGUUUUGAAGAAGACUCUUGAAGAGUCCAAUAUAAAAUGCCCUGCUAAUAAACUGCUGGAAUAUCUAGAUAACCAGUGUAUAACAUUUGUUCUGAAUAAAGAUAAACAAACUAAGAGAAAACCACAAAGGGGGACUGGCAGACCGAGGAGAGGAAAGAAAGUUUGAUUUGGCUUCCAUGAAAUCAUUUUCUCAUAAAAUCUGUAAAUUCUUCCACCACUUAUUUUUUUUUUGUAUUUAUUUAAUGUUUUUGGAAUGUUGUUUUAGGAAUGUAUUAAUUUUUGUAUAUAAACAAAGAUUCCACAUUUA